AACUUAAAAGACAUCGCGAGAGUAGGAAGUGACACAUAGACGGUGACAGCAGCACGGGUCCUGUCCGGUUAAAGUAGUUUAAUGGCUAAAGUAGAGAUCGCUCCUAUGAGAUCCUGGGAUGAUUUCUUCCCAGGUUCAGAUCGCUUCGCCAAACCUGACACGCGAGAUUUGGCGAAAUGGAACAACAGAGUAGUCAGCAAUCUUUUGUACUAUCAAACAAACUAUCUGCUGAUGGCGAUCAUUGUUUUUAUGGUCGUAGGGUUCUUAUAUCCUGUAAGCAUGUUUACAGGUUUAGCAGUAGUGGCUUCAGUCUUCAUGGGCUCUGUAUGGGCAGGUGAGAACAAGGCAAGGAUCAAGAGCUUCAAGAAAGAGAACCCUACCUUAUUUGUUUUCUUUGUCAUGGUGGUGAGCUACCUCCUCAUCUCACUCUUCGGUGGAGUUAUGGUGCUACUGUUUGGGAUCAAGCUACCAAUUCUCUUGAUUUUCGCACAUGCCUCAUUCCGCCUCCGUAACAUGAAAAACAAACUGGAGAAUAGGAUGGAAAGUGCAGGACUCAAAAAAACACCCAUGAGUAUCAUACUUGAAGCACUGGGCCAGCAAGAAGAAAGCCUCAGUAAGAUUCAAGGCAUUCUGGAGAACACACUCAAGGAGUGAACUUUGAAACAGAGUUGUUUACUCCUUUGUGUGGUUCUCCUCAAUAAAUGAAGGAACUGUUUUCAGGGCAAACUGGCACAAUUUAUAAGAUCUAUUCUGUUUUCUCCAACUUACAUGUUAUGCCUGAUGGGCUUCGGUGAUUUCAUGCAAAACCUGGAAGUAUCAUGAAAACUAUAAAUGAAAAAUUACAAAAUGACUGUAUUUUUUUUAAGCACAGAUUGUUUACAUCUCAGUUCAAGUCCAUAUAGGUCAAAUAUUUGUGGAUACUUUUUUACAUUUAUUUCGCCAUACUGUGAAAAAUAAAAUGUUUAGAUAUAUCAUGAGAAAUUAAUUUCUUUCUGUAGCCUGAAGCAAAUGUGUUAUACAAAUCAGUUUAAAGUGUUACUUUAGUGUACUCCAACACAUUGUAUAUCCAAAGUAUUAAGUAUAACAUGACAAAAAGUCAUUAGUAAUGCGAUAUCCAAAUGUUUGCAGUGUGAUGUGCACAACGUUUGCACAAUAAUGUAUAAUGAUUGAGUCUACUGAGUCUUCAAUUAUGGUUAUCACCUUAAGCCCUCCAGGUACAAAAGGUCUCUCAAUCUUUGUGAUAUUUGUUGUAUUUCCUGUAAUGCUAUACAAUACGUGACCCUGCCUGUGAAAACCCAGCUUAAGUCAUUUUUUGUGUGAUUUCUACAUAAAACUCUCCUAGAUAAUGUAAAGAACAUUCUGUGAAAAUAUAACCUUGAUAUCUUGAAUAUUAACUGAGUAAGGUUGCAUCAAAGAUCAAUGUGAAAUCCAACUUUGCUGCUCCUAAUCUCAAAAUUAGACAAUAAGCCUGGAUUUUACAGACAAGUUCACAUGUUUAUUCAAAUCUAUGCAAAAGAUAAUGAUAAUAAAGCCAAAUUUUGUUC